GUGCCUUCUGCACAGGGCGCGCCGUUUUUCCCGGCGCGGUCGCUGCCCGCCCGAUGGCCGCGGCGGCGCGGGCGCUGCCCGAGGGGCCAGGCGAGCCGCCGCGGGACGAGGCCGACGGCAGGCUGCCGCUGCCGGCCGUGGUGGGCAGUCGCCGGGCGCCUGCGCUGAGGCAACGGCCGGCGCCCCCCUGGAGCCCCACGCAGCACCGCACCGCCGGGCGCAGCAUGAGUCCCACCGCCCCAGCGGAGCGCAGCCUCAGCGUGCCCCAGACGGGGCGCAGCACGAGCUCCACCGCCCCGGCGGAGCGCAGCCUCAGCGUGCCCCAGACCGGGCGCAGCAUGAACCCCACCGCCCCGGCGGAGAGCAGCCUCAGCGUGCCCCAGUCGGUGCACCGCGGCAUCGCGCAGCGCAGCCUCAGCGCUCCCUGCGAGAGGGCCGUCGGCGCCAUGGGCGAGCCGGCCGUCAAGGUCCUUCCUCUCGGCGCUGGCGCCGUACGCUGGCGCCCUGGCGAGGUGCGGCCGCCGGAAGCGCGCCAGCACGCCCAGCCAGCCCAGCCCGCCCAGCCGCUGCGGGUAUCGUGGGCACCUGAGGUCGCCCAGUCGCCGCAGGCGUUCCGCGAGAGUCUGCUGGCCCUGGCCAUGGACUACGAGAGGCUCUACGCGACCCGAGCCUUUGCGGUCGGCGGCCCCGCUGACGCGGCCUCGAAGCUGGCGAAGGCUCCCGCGGCCGCAGCGGACGCGGAGGCCCUGCAGAAGGCGCCCCCGCGACCGCCAUGGGCUGACAUCGAGGGAGAGGCGGCGGUCGUGGCGACCACGGGGAAGAAACCGGGCGGUGAUGCCGCAGAUCCUGUUUUCGACUUGGUGUUCGACAUGGACAGGGAGGGGCCGACCGUUUUGGCGGGCCUCGUUGACGACGGUGGCGCUUCUCGGCUGCAAGAGCUUGUGGUGGAGACAAAACCGCUGGAGACAGAGGACGGAGAUCCCGCCAGCCAGACCAGCGCGGAGAUACCGAGACCACAUAACAGGCAGUCGUGCAGCAGCGGUACUGACAGCGACACCAGCAGUGCGCGUCGUCUCACGGCCGUGGUUGGACAGAUGUAUGUGAAGCAUCCAAUUUCCAUGCCCGAGCCUCAGGAGUCGGGCAUUCUAAUGAAGAUCGUACGAAGCCGGACGUUCUCGUUCAUGGCGGCGUUCGUGAUUUUGAUCAGUUGUUUGUCGAUUGGUUUUGAGGCUGAGUACACAUCGAACGUAUCUGACAGCAGGGCACCUCUCGGCUUCGCCAUUUUCAACUCUGUGCUCGCACUCUUGCUUGUGCUUGAGAUCCUGCUUCGCAUAUGUGCAUACAAAUUUGCAUUUUUCUACGUGUGGGAGUUGUGGAACUACUUUGAUCUGAUUAUCGUGAUUGCAUCGGUCGUGGAAUGUUCUGUCGGUGUUGUCAUGCAAGUUACUCAGGCAGAUGGCGACGGCGUGAUGGGCCAAAGCAGCAUGGUCAAAGUACUCCGGCUCCUCCGCCUCGCCAGGCUCCUUCGCAUCGUGCGGACCAUCCGUGAGUUUCGUCCGCUGAGAGUGCUGGUCCAUUCGAUCCUAUUCGCGGGUCGUUCGGUCAUUUGGGCAUUGGUGUUGCUUAUGAUCAUCAUGUACGCGUUUGGCAUCGCCUUGUCGCAGGCUGUCGUAGAUCAUGCUUCGGAGCAUGGUAUUCCAGAGGAUGAUGAUCUGAUGAAGUACUUCGGAAAUCUCGGAAGUUCGAUGAUGAGCCUCGGGAUGGCUGUUGCCGAAGGAAUCAGCUGGCACAUCCUCACUGAUGCUUUGAAGAGCGUUGGGAACGGCGAGUGGGUGGCAGUCUUCAUGGUGUACAUCGCCUUCGUGUACUUUGCAGUACUGAACGCGAAGGAGGAUCUGGUGAGCGUUUUCUGCCAGAACGCGAUCGAGAGCGCCAGCCAGGAUUUGGAUAUGGUGAUUCAUUCGCAGGUCGCCGCGAGGCAAACGUACGUCAACCGCCUGAAGGAGCUCUUCAUGCGGCUGGAUACGGACCAGAGCAACGAGCUGAGCCCGUCAGAGUUCGAAGAUAACCUGGAAGACCCCAGCGUGCAGUUCUGGUUCAAGGCCCUGGACAUCGACGUCACCCACGUAUGGAAGCUGUUUAAAGUACUCGACCCAGACGAGUCGGGGUUCGUGGACAUCGACGAGUUCGUGGAUGGGUGCCUGCAUCUCCGAGGCGGCGCAACGCGCCUCGACAUGGAGUCGCUGAAGUGGGAGGUCCAGGCCAUCAAGGCGUCCGAGGAGCACAGCCAGGCCUGGGUGGACAAGCAGUUCUCCUCCCUCCGGCGCGAGGUCGCGCGCCUCGCCGCCGCCCUCGGCGGCCAGCCCGCGAGCCCCGCGGCGGGCGGCCAGCCCCGAGCGGCCGGCUCCUCCUCCGCCGCUGCCCCGGACCGGUCGGCGGCCUCGCUG